CUUGGUUUAAAUAUGAGUGAUUGCAUCAUGAGCGAGGUGGAGCCGUGUGUCUGCGGGGUGGAGGCAAGAGAGAGGUGUCCGAUCGAACUCGCCAGAGUUGGGCUCCAGUUUACUUGUUUACAGAAGCUGGGAUCGAUUUCCAAAUGGCAGCAAAACCUUCUAAUCAUGGGAUGAGGACGGGAGGAGACGUGAAUCGGGCUGGUCCUGUGAAGGGGGCAGUGCCCCGUGUGGGUCAGGCAGCCAGCCCUACCUCCUCGGGCUCCAAGACCCGGGGAGUGGGAGCCCGUUCUGGGCCUAGCAGCCCCCACACACCAUCCAGCGUGGGAGCUCCUACAAACCCUCGAUCCACAGCCCCGGCAGCUCGGAGAGCCACCAGCUCGAGCAGCAGAGAGCCAAUGAGCUCCACAAAGAGUGCUCCGUCCCCCGUUGGGAAGUCCAGCCCAGCUCCCAGGGCAGUGGGCAAGGUCACUACUGCUGCUAAGCAGCCCAGCCGGACGAUCAGCGAGCAGAAGGCGGCAGAAAUUGAGAGGGAGACCUGCGGGCAGCGGGAGAACCCCGAGUGGUUCAAGUGGCGCAGUAACCGUAUCACGGCCUCUGUCGCCCACAAGGUCUCCCACUGCAAGUUCGUGAACGGAAAGAGCAACGAGGUGCCGCAGUCUUACCUCAAGUCCAUCGUGGGCCAGGGGUCCAACGUGCUGACCCCGGCCAUGAAAUGGGGCAUCGACAAUGAGCCCGUCGCCCUCCAGCAGUACGAGAAGCUCAAGUCCAAGGAGAUGAAGCGAGAGGUUGAGGUCCGUCCUUGCGGCCUCUUCAUCGACCCGGCCAAGAACUGGCUGGCGGCGAGUCCCGACGGGGUGGUGCAGGACAAGAAGACCAAGACCACGAUGAGCCUGGUGGAGGUGAAGUGCCCGUACAAACACCGCAACCACACCGUCACAGAGGCCUGCGAAGACCGAUACUUCUGCUUGGAGAACAAGGACCAUCUUCAGCUGAAGAAGAACCACCCUUAUUUCACCCAAAUGCAGUGUCAGAUGGCUGUGGCGGGCGUCAGCAAAGCGGAUCUGGUGGUCUACACUAACCGUGAUACUGCCAUUGUCCCCGUGGAGUUCGAUGCCGACUUCUGGCAGGAAACAGUGGAGAAGCUGGAAAAUUUCUAUACCAGAGCCGUCUUGCCAGAAAUACAGCGGCAAAACCCAGCCUUUGCAAGGGAAGAAUAAUUCCGGAGAAACCUGCUGGGGUCCACACUUAAUAGAAACAUAGAAAAUAGAUGCAGGAGUAGGCCAUUCGGCCCUUCGAGCCAGCACUGCCAUUCAAUAUGAUCAUGGCUGAUCAUCCAAAACCAGAAUCCCGUUCCUGCUUUCUCCCCAUAUCCCUUGAUUCCGUUAGUCCUAAGAG